AUGUCUUAAACAAGGACGAGUUAGAGCUCGAAACAUCAAAGAAAAGGCGAUAAUCGUUUUUUACAAUAAAUCAAUAGUCUCUUACAAAAUGUAAGCAACCCACCUCUGAAUAUCUCAAAACGAUGGAUUAAGGAUAGAGAGGGAGAAUAAAAGAGUUUAUUUGAAGAAGUUAAACAAAAUGAAUUCACAGGCAAAAGUCAGACACUGACACAAUUGACUGAUAUAGGAAAGAAAUUAGCAAAAAUGAAAAAGAAACUUAGAACUUUCACUGCUGAUGAUCGUCUAAAAACACCAGUCUCAGAAAAUAAAAGCAGAAAAUCAACUAAGUCAAAGAAGAGUUAAAGUAAAAAGGGGUAGAGCUCACAUAGUCAAUCAAGAACUUAAUUAAAGAGUCUUGAAUAAAGCAGAAGUAAAUCUUCAAAGAAGGCUAAAAAACCAUUAAAGUCUUCAAAAACUUAAAACACCCCAAAAUUCAAAAAGAAGACCUUUGAAAAUAAAUUGGGAAGCUUCUCAAAGGAAAUGUAACAACAAAGAGAUAGUUCAAGACCUAAUGUUAGAAUUUUGGAAUCAAGAAUUGCAAAGAACACUGUUGAUAGAAGCUCAAGUCCGUCUCGUUCAAUUGGGUCUUCCAAAAAAUAAGUUAGAAAUCGAAGAACUGAAUCUCCCUGUGAGGAAUCAAGUUCAUUGACAGAUUCUAGUGACACAAAGGAAAUUAUGAAAUUGAAAAUGAAUCCCACUUAUGCAUAAUCUAAAUAUGAAGUAUUUAUGGAUAAUGAGAAAAAAAUAAAAGAACUCGAUGCAGGAUAAUUGAGCAGAGAAGAGAAUUUGAUGUUAACAACUAAAUUAGAAUCUGUAACUAAAGAAAAACUAUUAAGAGAAUAUAGGAUAUUGUAUUAUAGAAGCAAAGAAGUCAAAAAGUUGUUAACCGAAUAUUAUGAACAGAAUUUACGUUUGACUGAAGAAAUCAACGAAUUAUAAUAAAUUAUUUAUGAUAAAUAACUUGAAAAUAAGUAAGUCAAAAAAGAAUUAAAAUCUCAAACCAAAGAAAUGAAAAUAAUGUAAUCAGAAUAUAGUACAAAAUUAGACCAAUUGGGAAAAUCUUAUUAGUAGCAUGAAAUGAACACUGUUCCAUUAAAUGAUUAUGAAAGAUUAAAACAGGAGAAUGAUAAAAUUUUAAUUGAAAAUGAAAUGUUAAAGGAAGAUUAUAAAGGAAUCAGUCUUAAAAUGUAACAAAUAGAGAAUGAGAUAUACUAAAAAAGAUAGUAUGAAAUUCCAGAGUAAGAAAUAUCCUAAAGAUUACAGAGAGAGUUAGAGUCAGUUAGAGAUUAAGCAGAUAGAAUAAAAGAAGAAAAUAUGAAAUUGAAAUUACAAUUAGACAAAGAAUAAAUUUCUAAUCGGGAAUUAUCAUAGUAAAUCUAUUAAAAAAAGAAUGAACUUGAUGGAAAUGUUGAAUAAAAAUAAUAUGAAUUAACUUCAUUGAAAUCUCAUUUGUAGACUGCUAAUACGAAAAUUUAAAAAUUAGAAUAGUAGAUAACUUAAAUGAAGUAUUAAAUGAUUUCAGAGUAAGAAUAAUCAUUUUCAAUCAGAGAGAAGAUAAUUAGAUAAGAGGAGGAACUAAGAAUAGCUAAUCUGAAGGUAGAAAAUAGGGAGAAAGAAAUAAAUGAAUAAAGAUCAAAGGAAUUGAUAUUAAAGAAAAAGAUAUUAGAUUUAGAAUCUAAAAUUGAAAAUCAAUUCUAGUAAUCUCAACCAUAUUUUGAACCUAUCGUUACAAUCAAUAAACCGAUCAAUUCUGACUCAUUUAUUAAUAAGGAAUUAUAAGUGGAAAGACAGCUAUUAGCCAAGACUUAAGAGCAAUUAUAAAAUAUUUAAGGAGAAAAUGAUCAAUUAAAGCGAAAUCUGAAAUAGAUUGAAUUAGAAUUGUAAUAUGAAAGACAAUAGAAUGAAUAAAUCAAACUAAAAUUCACUUAGUUACAAUAAGAAAAUGAAUUCACACUUCAAAGAGCAUAGAAACAAUUUGAAGAAACUGAAAAUCAUCGUUCUAAGGAAUUCUAGUUAACAGAAUAACAAUACAAAAAUUAAGAGAACUUGUUGUUUUCUGCAUAAUAAAGAAUAAAUGAAUUAGAAAAUGAACUUAGAAUUUUGUAAAAUAAGGAAUUAGAGAAUAAGAAUUCAAUAAAUGAUUAGAAAUUAUAGAUUGAGAAAUAAUAAUUAAAAUUAGAGUAAAAUUUGACAAAAGUUAAUGAGUUUUAGAAUUAGAUAAAAACGUUGGAAUAUGAGAAUGCAUAAUUAUCUGAAAAUAAUCGGUAGUUAAAAGUGCAAAGUCAAUAACUAACAAAAGAAUUAGAAUAAAUAGAUAGGAUAAAGGACAAUUACAAAAAUAAAUAUUUGAAUAAUAGAUACGAAAAUAAAAAAUUGUUAAAUCAAUAUAAUGAAAAAGAAAAUAUUAUGAAGUAAACUUUUACAAAUGAAUUGGAGAAAGUAAAAUGUUAAAAGGAGCAAUUAGAAAAGAUAAAGAGUCAAGAGGAAUGCUAGAGAUAGCAGAAGGAUAAGAAGUUAAAAGUCAUAAAUGAUCUAUAAUAAAUGAUCAAAGGACACAAAAUGGCACUAGAUAAAUGA